AUGAUGAUGCGAGGUGCUUAUAAUUUCCCACCGAACCCGACACCACCCGUUCAACCCCAACCGAUCCCGACGCAACCCUUUCAACAAUCCGAACCCGACGACGAUGCGGAGGUUGUUCCCGAAACCCAACCGCCUAAAGAAAAAGGAAAACGAAAAAAAGGCAAGCAAGUGGUGGGUGAGCAAUCGUCCAAACCGAAGUCGACUAAGUGGACGCCAAUCGAAGAAGAAGCCUUAGCCAAGGCUUACAUAGGCACGUCUACACACCCGACAAAAGGUAAUAACCAAACGGGUGACGGGUUUUGGUCCAAGGUUUUGGUGAAGUUCCUCGACCUUAUGGACCAAGGCCCGUAUCGAGAUAUCGACUCGGUAUCAUCAAAGUGGCGGAAAAUGAACGCGUCCGUCAAUAAGUUUUGCGAGGAAUAUAAUAAAAUAUAUACAAGUGGGCGUCGUAGCGGCAUGAGCGACGACGAUGUGUUCAAACAAGCGUUGGAGAAGUAUAAGGCGAACAAUGAGGAGUACGCCGUACAUGAAGCGGAGCGUCCACCGGGCCGAGGCAAAUCAAAGAAGGAGCGGGCCAAGGGGAAAGAAAAGGAAAAGGUGGACCCGAAGAUGGAAGAGUUUAUGGAACACUUAAAAAUGUACAACGACGUCUCGGCCCAAAAGACGAAGGCGAAGGAGCGGGCCGUCGAAGAAAAAAGUCGUGUAGCGGAAGAAAAGUUACGCGAGAAGGUCCGAUUGUCGAAUGAGAAAAUCCGAAUUUCCGAUGAAAAAAUUCGGCUCAAGGAAUGGGAAAUAAUAACGAUGGAUGUCGAUGAGUAUCCCGAGCCGAAACGUUCGAUGUUGAAAAAACUACAAACCGAUAUCAUGAAGAAGCAUAAUAUUAUUUAA